AUGUCUGACGACGGACCUCCUCUUAUCCGCCCCGUUCCUCGAAGACCUUUCGACCUCAAUCUGACAACUCCUACACCUCCGAGCGAGAACUCAUCUCCCCCAACGCCAGCUCCAGCUCAAGACGCCAACAUUGCGCGCUUCUUGCAGCCAACACCCGAACCUGGGAACUCAACCUUGAGCAGACCGCAGUCGUUUAUGAACUUGACGUCUUCAACACUCUUCGGCAUAUACUCUCCCACCACGUCCUCCUCCUCGCGCGACCGUGUCUUUGCCGAUCGCGAUGAACUUGAUACGCCAUGGGGUACAGGUGCUCAGACUCCCAUCAAGCGACCCGGCCUCGACGAUGCCACGUUCGACUUUAUGAAAGAUCGCUCACAUCAAAUCCGUCGUCGAUCGUCGAUCCGCUCCCAAGCACCUCCUAUGCCUGUGAAUACCUCCCCUUCGGCUGGCGCUUUGGUUAUGAGAGGACUGCUGCUUUUCGUUCUCGGUGUUGGUUACGGCGUGUUAGUCACGUCGCGCUUCAACAGCGACUCGGACAGCCAUGCCUCGGGUUCCACGUACAAUUGGGCCCACCUAUCAUUCUGGGGUCUCGCUGGUGUUGCACUGGGAGCGCUGUUUCCUUGGUUCGAUCGAGUCUGGGAGGAGUCGUUUGGCGAAAAGGAGGAUGAGGCUGUGGCUGAGAAUGCUCCAGCGAAGGAUGAUGAUUCGGGCACUGACUGGGCGAUUGCAAUCCGAGCCAUUGGCGCCUUUGUAGGUAUCGUCUUUGCUAUUCGCAAGGUGGCCUGGGCGUCCACUCUCCAAGUAUCACUGACACUGGCAAUGGUCAACCCUCUCUUGUGGUGGCUGAUUGACCGUUCUAAGCCUGGAUUCUUCCUUUCAACUGCUGUUGGCUUGGCAGGAUCAAUGAUUCUUCUUGGUAUCAACCCUGACAUGAUGCCAGCGCCCGCUCACGCUCCAUUCAGACAGCUGGUGAAUGCUACGACGCCAUCCCAGGAUGAAGUCGUGCCUAUUCUUGGCGGAUUCGCACAUCAGGACACACUCGAGACCGGCAUGUGGAUGCUUAGUGUUCUCUUUUGUAGCUGCGUCUGCUUUGGUAACAUUGGUCGUCGACUCACUCUUGGCCCAUCUGCUACAGCAAAGGGCCGUUGGGCUGGUGUAAGAUAA